AUGCCACCCUGGUGCCUGCCACCAUUGACUCUAGGGCCCUUGCCCAGCCCCCGGCUGCCUCCACGUCACUCUUGCUCCGGAGACGACAGCCCGUGGGAGCCCGAGACAAGCACAGCAGGCAGUAGCCUGCUCGAGGCCCCCCUCUGUCUCAUGCGCUCGUCUCCUAUGAAACAGGGGUCACACGGGUGCACGCGUCAGAGAGCCAUUCUCGGCGUUACUGAGCCGAGGCCAGCAACGCAGGCGGACCUGCACCUGCGCACGAGGAGGAACGGAGCCUUGGUCUGCUGUGCACGCAGUCUCGGCGGGGUGCAGCGAGCCGGCUCAGUGGCGGCCCUGGUGGACGACCACACACCUGCAGCCAGCCCCUGGCCAUGCGGGGACCAGACCUCCAGGGGACAGUCACACUGCCAGGCGUGGACGGGUGCCUACUCAGCCUGCGCUGGCCGAGAGCCUGGCUCUCCUCCAUGGCGCCUGCGGGAGACAGCUCGUCCACAACACACGGCCUCGUGCAGAGAGGAGGAAUCAGAGGCCCGAGGGCCCAGGGACAUCCCUUCUCAGCUGCCCUCUGCCCUGACGUCUCCCCUUGGAAACGUUCUGGGGAACACUGGUGGGGACCGCCAGAGGCCUGCCCCCUGGCCUGGUGUCCACAGUCCCCAGGCUGCGGGCGGGGACCACGCGGAGCCAGGAGGACAGUCCGCGAGCACCUCGGCCUGGGGAUCAACGCGGUCCUCCGGGGCCAGACCCAGGUCUUCCAUGGCCGUGGAGCCCCCAAGGCAGUCCUUCCCCGGGUCCUCGCUCCGCUGCUUCUCAGGGUCAGACCUGGACCCCCACCCCUUGGGCAUGGCUCCUUACGUCUCCCUUUCCAGCCCCAGUGGAGGCCCAGGACCCCAAGGCCUGAGACAGUCUCCCUGGGGACAGGACGCUGGCUGCUCCGCAGGGGAGAUGGUCAGCAGGCUGGGCGGGGGUCGGGCGUGCACCGUGGACGUGGGGCCACCGGGCAGGCGGAGAUCCAUCCUGAUCCGAGUGGGCGGGGCCGGGAGCUGGGCGCCUCUGGUCCUUCCGGCUGUCCGGCUGCGCGACUGGCUCCCCCGGGCGUCUGCGCCCGGCCCCACGGAGGCGCAGCGGCCUCGGGCGGCCCCCGGCGUCUUCGCCAUGAGCCGGGGGCUCGGCCUGGGUCCUGGAGCGGCAGCCGCCCCGCUGAACUCUCUAGCCCUCACUGUCCCGUCGGCAGCGGACGGUCUAGGCUGA